UCUCCUGUCAACAAACUGGUCCUUCGAUCUAGUUUAUUUACUUCAAAUUAGUUAUAUUGAUUCAUUCUUGAAAGAUAGUGUUAUUUCCCUGGUUAUAUCAUGGCAUGUGACUUGCCAUGUAUGUCAUACAUGGCUUUUUAUGUUAUCUCAAUGCAUAUUGUUAACAGCAAUAGCAGAUUCAGUUUUUUUCAUUAUUGGAAACUAAACAUUGCGGCAGGUUCGUUUUUUUUUUUUUUUUUUAUUGAUAAUUUAUACCUUUAUUUUUGUAAUUCAAAUUGAAUCAAUAGAGUUCUUAGAUUGAAAUUCACUCUUCACACUCACAGGGAUUUGGAAAUUUUGUUAUAUCGUCUCCCGGAAGAGUUUAGUUACUUUAUUUAAGCUAAAACGAUGGACUACGGCUAGGAGGGAGACUUAAAAAUAGAAAGUCUAAGAGAACGGUUUAAAAAAAUAUACAUAAACUUUUUAAAACCUUAUUUUUUUAUAAAAUAACUUAAGUAGAAUUAGAUCUGGAUGUCUAGAACUAGAGUUGGAUUUGUUGAGAUUGGAACAGAAAGGGAGAGUUUACUUACUUCAAACUUUUUUGGCCACACUCACACAUACAUACUUCACAUACCACGGACCACAGUACUCAGUACACAACCAAACUACACUUUCACUUAAAGAUCAAUGAAAAUAAUUUUAGGAAAUUGAUGAAAUUGCAAAUGGAAAAGCAUCUUUAUUUCUUAGUUAUUUUUAAAAAUAAAUCUUCAACUUAUGACUUAUGUCAUUAUUUAUUUAUUAGUCAUAAAUCAUCAUUUUGUCUCAGAAUAAAAACUAUCAACAAAGGGGCUGAAAAAGAGUGAGAGGCCAAAUUUUGGUAUCAAAUGAAAGAUAAUUGAAUGGACUAUAUGUUUGUAAACUUACUUCUUCAGUUUAAAAGUAUUUUAACUAAAAUAAACUACCACGAUAGACAUCCUAAUAGCUAUUUAGUCUAAAGGGACCCAGGUCCAUUUGAAUUUAUCUAUACAGCUGAGCCAAUACUAUGUAAGUUGAUCUAAACAUUUUAAAAAUGCAUGUGGCAUAUUGCAAACUAGAACUUACCAGUCUUGACAAAUAGAGUUUUAGCUUUAUAACGUUGACCACCAAGUUCUGGAUUACUGGAAAAUCCUGGUACGCAAGGCCAGUCUAGUUAUAUGGGUUAAUUUUUUUGUAACUUCCACAAAAAAUGCAGAGGAUAAGUCUGAGUUUAAAAAGUUCAAAUGUGGAUUAUCUUAAUCAACAUUUCCAAAGUAAAACUUUCAUCUGCACUAAAUAAAAAUAUUUAUGCUUUGUUUAUAAAAACCUUAAUGUUAAAAAUUGAUUUACUACUGUAAACCAUGCAAAUUGUAUCUGCAUUGUUUUGUUUUUUAAAUUCCAGGUAAAGUUGAGCCGGCAAAAGCCGAGCAGGAAACCAACAAUGGUUCGUCCUCAAACAAAACAAGCGGCAAAUAUCACAGUGCCAGCAGCUCAUCAGAUGAGAACAGCAAGGACAGUGAAAUGACUGUGGAAGAGAGAAUGAUGGAAAUACUGGCCAACAAGGCAGCGCCGGGCGGCGAAUGGAUUGUUUCGUCUCCAGACGAGGACAUCGCUGGCGUUUUAAAUGAUUGGGAGGGAGUCACUGGACAUGAUUGUAAAUCCUCACAGCAAAAUAAUAUAGGGAAUAUAAAAUCAAAUACACAACAUCCCAAGAGAUGUAAAGACCCAAAAGACAAAGUUUCUAAUAAGUAAGUGAAAUAGUUAUUUCACCAUCUUUGCUCAUAUGUAAGUAGUAUGUUCAUUAAUUUGAUGCCUCGUCUUUUAAGACCAUUUUUAUCUCAGGACAAAGUUAGGAGUGUGAAGAAGAAGACAGGUGUACAAUUUUGUUUGCUGCGCAGAAUAAUAAAAUAAUAGCAAAGGAAUUUGAACUGGAACGGGGGUCUGAAAUAUCAGAUAGGAAGAACUUUAAUUUAACUGAGCAGAACUUUAAAGUAAGUGGGGGUUGCUGUGGGGUGGGGGCACACAACAGUUACCUGAAAUUAGUGUGACAUAAUGUUGUUUGAAUUGCAGUUAUUUCUGUGCAAUUUUUUUUUUUCAAAAUGAAACUUGUUCAACAGAGAAUAUUAUGACUUGUUUAAAGUUUUUUUUUAAGGGAAGGUGUGAGCGAGAAAUGGGGAAGCUGUAAACUUUUUAAUUAAAAAUGUUACUGAUAAUUGUCCAUAAGUUCUGUUCGAGCAAACUUCCAUUUGAAACAACUUCAGGUCAACAAAAUUCCUCUGAACAAAUUGGUUUCACGCUAAUUUGUUUCAUACUAAUGUCUAGGUACGGGUGAGACAGACCAGGACAGAAACAAACUAAAGAAGUUGAUGGUGUUUCCUGCGCUGGUGGUUGCUGCCAGCUAAGCUGGAGAAUGAGAAAAAACUUGAGAACUAUAAAAAAAUAUCUAUGAAAACUGUUUCUGCGUCUGCCCGGGACACCUUAUACCUUAGCAUUGAUCUUACUGUUCACAAAAUAGUGUUGGACUGAUGCUGCAGUCUUCUAUACUCAAGAAUGUUAUUGUAAUGUUUAUGUUCUCCACGUUCUCCUCAUUCAUCGGCUUUAAUUUGAUUGACGGGCCAUCAGCAGCUUGUAUGGAUUAUAUAUUUUUCUGCACCAGUCCCUGUAAACAGCUGAUUGCAACAGCUGUUUAUUGUUGAUGCUCAACAGCUGUUGCAUUCUAUUUUUUAUACCUGACUCACAGCAGUACUCUCUAAUCAUUAGAACUGUUGCUCUAAUAAAAAUCACCUUUAAGUACUUUAAAAGAGUCUAGAGAUGCAUUGAGUUUCUCAUAGAAUCAUCAUGUCUAGCACACAAAAAAACUUCUCGUUGCGCUAGACCUGCCCACCAUUGGGUUAUCUGGAAAUUUGCGGCACGGUUGUUGUUAUUCCCAGUAGUGAGAACUAAAUACGGUGUGCAACCAAGACACAAAUGAAAGAUCUUCCCCAAACAAUGUUUUGCUGUUCCACCUUUGAAUUUUGUAAAUAGUGGAAGAGGGGGGGGUUGAAAGUCAACAGCCCUUUGAAUGCAAAAACAUGCUAACUAGAAGCUAGAAGUAAAUUUAGGUAGUUUUAAAUUUUAAUAAAUACUGUAUUCUUUAAAUAUGUUUUUUUUUUCAACAUCUAAUUGGGUUAACUGCUGUUUAUUUACCUUGUUAAAAUACUAGUAGUUUAUUGCUAACAUGUUGUUGCCCAAAUUAAUAGCUGUAUAUUAGUGUUUUUUUGUUUUGAAAUGCAUAAGGCAUAAUGAUGACCAUCAUCUGCCAAUCUAGUAAGACCAAACAUAAGUAAUUUGCUCUUCAGUGCAGCCAUAUGACAAAUGCAUGGUGUGACAUAACGUGACAGAUUAUUGAGGAUAAGUCUGAGAUUAAAAAGUUAACUGUCACUAGCAAGACAGUUUAUGUAUGAUGGGUCCUUCCUGGGAUGAAUACUGGUGUGCACCUAGGACCCUUAUCUCUGUGCAGCUAGGAUCCAAUCUAUGGGCACCUAGGUCUAAUCUCUGCACCCAGGACCCAAUCUCUGUGCACCUAGCCCCAAUCACUUUGCACCUAAGACCCAAUCUCUGUGCACUUGGACCCAAUCUCUUGGGGUGCUUGGGAUGGCUUUGUUGGGGAUUGAACUCCAGACAACAUGUCAUUUUUGUGAGAAUUUAUGACUACUGUUAAAGAGAAUAAGAUGUAGAAAUUUAACUAUAUUUACAUUAUGUCCAUAUCAGUUUUUCACAUUUCUCUAUAGCAAGACCUAAUUUAUUCAAGGAGACAAAUUAUCACCUUUCAUUCAAUGGCCACAAUGUUUCCACAUAACAAAAAAACAACUUUAAAGAACUGCCCAACCCAAAAAAAAAUUAUUCUCUUUGAUCGUUUCACACCAACCAUAAUAUGAAAUAUGACACGAUGAAUCAUUUAUGUACUUUAAUAUAACAUAUUAUGUGAGAAUGGCAAUUUUACUUACUCCUGGUGUCUCAACCACCAACUUGCUGUACCACAUAGGCACAUUAACUAUAAUGACAGUGUUUGUUACCAUCCAUCACUCUGUGCUGACGGUGCGGUAUCUGUUUUGUUGUGACAGGUGUUUAGUGUUCGGCAAAGAGAACAAAUACGUUGAGGAGAGUAUUGGAUAACAUUGGUAAUAGCAGAAGCAAGCCAGUCCCGCAUCAUUUCUAGGCUCGUUCGAACGUUUUUUUUCAUUGUUGUGAAAUAUUCUCUUCUUGUUUAUUGAACAUUUGAUUGCGUUUAUUCAAAUCUGUCAUUGGACAAUGAUAUCAAAAAGUUUGACUUGAUCAGUAUUUUGUUUUGUUGUGUUACAGCUAUAUUUAUCUUUUAACUUAGGAAAUUUUGUAGCUUUAAAAUAGAAUGUUUGAAAAUAUAAGACUUAAAAUAGAAUGUUUGAAAAUGUAAGAUUUAAAAUAGAAUGUUUGAAAAUGUAAGAUUUAAAAUAGAAUGUUUGAAAAUAUAAGAUUUAAAAUAGAAUGUUUGAAAAUGUAAGAUUUAAAAUAGAAUGUUUGAAAAUAGAAUGUUUGAAAAUAGAUUGUUUGAAAAUAUGAGAUUUAAAAUAGAAUGUUUGAAAAUAGAAUGUUUGAAAAUAUAAGAUUUAAAAUAGAAUGUUUGAAAAUAGAAUGUUUGAAAAUAUAAGAUUUGAAAUAGAAUGUUUGAAAAUAGAAUGUUUGAAAAUAUAAGAUUUGAAAUAGAAUUUUUGAAAAUAAAAUGUUUGAAAAUAUAAGAUUUGAAAUAGAAUGUUUGUAAAUAGAAUGUUUGAAAAUAUAAGAUUUGAAAUAGAAUUUUUGAAAAUAGAAUGUUUGAAAAUAUAAGAUUUGAAAUAGAAUGUUUGAAAAUAGAAUGUUUGAAAAUAUAAGAUUUGAAAUAGAAUUUUUGAAAAUAAAAUGUUUGAAAAUAUAAGAUUUGAAAUAGAAUGUUUGUAAAUAGAAUGUUUGAAAAUAUAAGAUUUGAAAUAGAAUUUUUGAAAAUAGAAUGUUUGAAAAUAUAAGAUUUGAAAUAGAAUGUUUGAAAAUAGAAUGUUUGAAAAUAUAAGAUUUGAAAUAGAAUGUUUGAAAAUAUAAGAUUUAAAAUAGAAUGUUUGAAAAUAGAAUGUUUGAAAAUAUAAGAUUUGAAAUAGAAUGUUUGAAAAUAGAAUGUUUGAAAAUAUAAGAUUUAAAAUAGAAUGUUUGUAAAUAGAAUGUUUGAAAAUAUAAGAUUUAAAAUAGAAUGUUUGAAAAUAUAAGAUUUAAAAUAGAACGUUUGAAAAUAUAAGAUUUAAAAUAGAAUGUUUGAAAAUAGAAUGUUUGAAAAUAUAAGAUCGAAAAUAGAAUGUUUGAAAAUAUAACAUUUGAAAUAGAAUGUUUGAAAAUAGAAUGUUUGAAAAUAUAAGAUUUGAAAUAGAAUGUUUGAAAAUAGAUUGUUUGAAAAUAUGAGAUUUAAAAUAGAACGUUUGAAAAUAGAAUGUUUGAAAAUAUAAGAUUUAAAAUAGAAUGUUUGAAAAUAGAAUGUUUGAAAAUAUAAGAUUUGAAAUAGAAUGUUUGAAAAUAGAAUGUUUGAAAAUAUAAGAUUUGAAAUAGAAUUUUUGAAAAUAGAAUGUUUGAAAAUAUAAGAUUUGAAAUAGAAUUUUUGAAAAUAGAAUGUUUGAAAAUAUAAGAUUUGAAAUAGAAUGUUUGUAAAUAGAAUGUUUGAAAAUAUAAGAUUUGAAAUAGAAUUUUUGAAAAUAGAAUGUUUGAAAAUAUAAGAUCGAAAAUAGAAUGUUUGAAAAUAUAACAUUUGAAAUAGAAUGUUUGAAAAUAGAAUGUUUGAAAAUAUAAGAUUUGAAAUAGAAUGUUUGAAAAUAGAUUGUUUGAAAAUAUGAGAUUUAAAAUAGAACGUUUGAAAAUAGAAUGUUUGAAAAUAUAAGAUUUAAAAUAGAAUGUUUGAAAAUAGAAUGUUUGAAAAUAUAAGAUUUGAAAUAGAAUUUUUGAAAAUAAAAUGUUUGAAAAUAUAAGAUUUGAAAUAGAAUGUUUGUAAAUAGAAUGUUUGAAAAUAUAAGAUAUAAGAUUUAAAAUAGAAUGUUUGUAAAUAGAAUGUUUGAAAAUAUAAGAUUUAAAAUAGAAUGUUUGAAAAUAUAAGAUUUAAAAUAGAACGUUUGAAAAUAUAAGAUUUAAAAUAGAAUGUUUGUAAAUAGAAUGUUUGAAAAUAUAAGAUUUGAAAUAGAAUGUUUGAAAAUAGAAUGUUUGAAAAUAUAAGAUCGAAAAUAGAAUGUUUGAAAAUAUAACAUUUGAAAUAGAAUGUUUGAAAAUAGAAUGUUUGAAAAUAUAAGAUUUAAAAUAGAAUGUUUGAAAAUAGAUUGUUUGAAAAUAUGAGAUUUAAAAUAGAACGUUUGAAAAUAGAAUGUUUGAAAAUAUAAGAUUUAAAAUAGAAUGUUUGAAAAUAGAAUGUUUGAAAAUAUAAGAUUUGAAAUAGAAUGUUUGAAAAUAGAAUGUUUGAAAAUAUAAGAUUUGAAAUAGAAUGUUUGAAAAUAGAAUGUUUGAAAAUAUAAGAUUUGAAAUAGAAUUUUUGAAAAUAGAAUGUUUGAAAAUAUAAGAUUUGAAAUAGAAUUUUUGAAAAUAGAAUGUUUGAAAAUAUAAGAUUUGAAAUAGAAUGUUUGUAAAUAGAAUGUUUGAAAAUAUAAGAUUUGAAAUAGAAUUUUUGAAAAUAUAACAUUUGAAAUAGAAUGUUUGAAAAUAGAAUGUUUGAAAAUAUAAGAUUUGAAAUAGAAUGUUUGAAAAUAGAUUGUUUGAAAAUAUGAGAUUUAAAAUAGAACGUUUGAAAAUAGAAUGUUUGAAAAUAUAAGAUUUAAAAUAGAAUGUUUGAAAAUAGAUUGUUUGAAAAUAUGAGAUUUAAAAUAGAACGUUUGAAAAUAGAAUGUUUGAAAAUAUAAGAUUUAAAAUAGAAUGUUUGAAAAUAGAAUGUUUGAAAAUAUAAGAUUUGAAAUAGAAUGUUUGAAAAUAGAAUGUUUGAAAAUAUAAGAUUUGAAAUAGAAUUUUUGAAAAUAGAAUGUUUGAAAAUAUAAGAUUUGAAAUAGAAUUUUUGAAAAUAGAAUGUUUGAAAAUAUAAGAUUUGAAAUAGAAUGUUUGAAAAUAUAAGAUUUAAAAUAGAACAUUUGAAAAUAUAAGAUUUAAAAUGGAAAGUUUGUAAAUAGAAUGUUUGAAAAUAUAAGAUUUAAAAUAGAACAAUGUUAAUUGAACAUGGGGGUGGGGAUGUUUGUUUAAGAUUUUUUUUUUUGUUCAUAGAAAAUCAGUUUAGAUGGUGAAAAAUAAAAAUACCUGUCAGAGGCACAUUCAUUGUCUUUUUUUUUAAAUUCAGGGAAUAAAUAGUGGAACAAGUCAUGCUUAGGCUUGCAAAUAUAAGCCAAGACAUUUAAGCAGAAGUUUCUGCUAGGCGUCUUCUUCAGCAGACAAUACUAUACAAUAAACAACAGAUUCAAUUUCAAUUAAAAGAUAAAACUAACGUUAUAAUAGAUCUAAAACAUUAUCUGAACAUUGAGCUAAAUUGACUUUAUUUAACCGUAGGCAUCUAGCCGAAACAUCCGAUUAAUUGUCUUGUCUUUUAUUUUCAAGCCUUAAUAUAUAUCUUGUUCCACUAUUUAUUGACCUUGACCUCAAUGCCUAAAUCCCUAAAUUCAGGGAAGCAAUUUUUAAAAAUCAAAUUUUUUUUUUUUCUAGUUUCAUCCUCAUUUGCGUUUUUAUUUUUACUAUGCAUUUCUUUAGUAGAUCAAUUAAAGGUAUGAUAUAAAUUUCUUGUAUGAAAAUGUUCUGCUGUUUGAAACAGCAAAAUAGAUUUGAAUUUUUUUCCCAGAUUUCUCCUAUUCAGUUGUAUAAAAGCUUGAAGAGUUCCUUUAUUAUACUACAAUAGGCAUAUUUAUCUUAUGGUGUGAUAUAUAUUCUUAAAUUGUUUUUUUGUUUUUGUUUUUUUUUAGAUUUCUAGCUUGUGAUUUUAAAAAAAAAAUCCUUCCGCUUAAACUCUAUUGUAAUAUGAAAUAAUGAGUUUUGAUUAAUAUAAUAAUUUAUUUUUAGAGACUUCAUUGUGAAAUGCUUUCAUUGUUCUUUUGUUUUUUCUUCUCUAAGAUCAUCAAAAAAUACUCAAAAUUUAGAACAAAAUGAUUUGAAAAAAUCAACCAACAAACCGAGGCCGUUGACAUGUGGAAAGAGGGUAAAUUCAACACAGUACGAUCAUUUACGAGGUGAGUUGGAUUCAAAUGGUCAAGCUUAGUAAACGUCAGGUCCGCUGGGGUACUGCGGUACUGACACUACAAGAUUUGUUUUUCUAAAUUAUUCAAUGAUCACGGGCAUUACGUUUUUAAAGUGAAAUUACUUACCUGGCCAUAUUAGUAAUCACAUGUUUAAAUACUUAGCUGUGUAUCUUAACCGUACAUUGGGGGCACAUUGGAUGACUGAAUAAGGCACAAUCUUUGAUCAGAGAAACACUUUGCUGAAUAAGAAACAAAAAUUACAAAAGGGGACAACACUGACUGGCUGAUUAAGAUACAUGCCCGACAAGUUGACGGAGACAUCUUAUUCCAUUCGUUGUCAUAAAACUAACCGCUUUAAUUUUUUUUUAUUUGUAAAAUUAAUUUAUAAAGUAGUCUAUUUUUGCACCUGUGGCAAUUAUGCAACUUAUGAUUGUGCCUAAUUUUAACAAGUGUAUUGAUUUAGUACUGGAAUUUGUUGCUAUCUCUGAGUGGAUGCAACCGACAUACGUAACCACCCUUGACCAGCUGGUUGCUGGAGCCGGUUUGGGUGAACCGGUUAAGUAACCUGACUCUAUUCUAAUGGUUGUUUUUUGUUGUUUUUUUAUGUCAAAAUACUAUAAACAAUAUAAAAAUUCCAAAAUCUCCCCAAAAUCUGACCAGUACUGAACCAGAUGUUGCCUGAUUGGCAGCACACUGCUGGCCCUGACCCUUUAUGGCCAUGAAUAAAUACAAAUCUUUAAAGGAGAUGAAUUUAAGCCUACAGUCCUGUUCUCUCCAACCGCUGCUAUUUGUCUCUCUUGAACUGUUUUCUGUGGACUUUCAGGCAUAUCUGAGCGCCAUCAACACUCUCACAUACCGGAGCCUGACGUUGCGAUGGUCUUUCAGAACAACGGGAAAUCUUCAGAGGUUGACCUGAAUGACCUUGAAAAUAAAUUAAGGAAAGCCAAAAGAGAUAUAGAGAAAGAUAUAUCCAAUCAAGUAAGCCGUAUAGUUUUAUUUUUUGUUGAAACAUGCUGUAUAUUUACAUUUUAUUUCUGAAUCAUCAUGAGCCCAAAAUUAGAAUUUAUAAUGAAUAGUCAAAAGUAUUGAUGAGAUUUAUUAAUGAGAUUUAUUUAUGAGAUUUACAUAGCUUUAACAUUGAUUUUGGAAUAUGUUAUUUUUAAUGGGUGAUAGAUUUUAGGGUAUUUAUGUGUGUGUGUGUUUUUCAGGGCAUAACAAAGCUUAGUCUUAAUACUCUAAACAUUUAAACAACAAAAAAAAAGGAUUUGCUGCUUAUAAUCCUGGAUUGUGUCGUUCAGGGUGUGUAAGUCAGUGGUCAACGAAAAUUUCAUAUUUCUUGGCUCAGAGUUAUUUAAUUCGAUUAAGUUCAUUUUUAAUAAAAGAUAAACAGAAAUCUUCUUUUCAUCACGCUGCGUGUUGGUGGUGCAUCAUGAGGGAUAUUUAAAUGUUAUUCUGUUCAUCAAAUCUGGUGGCGUAACAAUUUUCAUUUCAACUUUUAUUGUUUGCGAAAGUAAUUUCCGAAAUUUUUUUAAAAAAUGAUGAUUCUGAAAUGUUAAGCUUACAUGUCAUAAAUGUUCACUGAGUUGUUAAUAGUCUCUUGUUUAAUUAGUUAUUCCCCUUUAACUAUGGUCUCGUUAAGUUAAAGCAUGUGAACAUUUAUACUUAAAACAUUAUGUAUACCUCACACUGCUCUCUCUCCCAUACUCUAACUGCCUCACACUGCUUUCUCUCUCUCUCUCCCUUACCCCAACUACCUCACUCUCUCCCUUACUCCAACUACCUCACACUUUUCUCUCGCUCUCCGUUACUCCCUUCUCCCAUAAUUCCCUCGCCCUAGUCCAGUGGUUGAGCCUAAAUAUUUAAUAUUUUAUCUAUUUUUAAAAAAUUAAUGAGCAAGAUGGAAAAAAAAACAAGUUUGUUAGAGUUAUGCCCCUUGUAAAAGAAACAACACAUACAAUUUCUGAUUGGCACUUAAAAUAUUAAUUUUAGUAGAGGCCCAUUAUGUUGGAUGUAAAACCACAGAAGCCGCCAUAAUGGCUUACUAAAUUUAAAUUUAAUUUACACUUUUUAAAAUAAAAAACAUUUAAUAACUCUUUUAUAAUUGCCAUUAAACUGUUGAAGAAAAUUCCCAUCAGCACAUUUUUCAUUUUAAACAUACCAUCAUUUAGUUAAGACGCUAUCCUAUGAGUUUGUAAUUCCCUGUUGAAGCCAGUAGUUACUAUGCAAACAUCAGUAAAUUGCUUGAAUCUAUCUCUCCACAGAGGCAACAGUCUGCACAGGUUUAUAAUCUUAUUGGCAAUUUCUGGCGAAUCAAAGGCAACACACAGACAUCCAUUGAAUGUUUUCGCAAAGCUCUCAGCAUAUCACCAGACGACCCAGAUAUACUUUUGAACUUGGCUCGGGUUUUGUUUAAUUUACAGGUCAGUUAAUGAAGCAUGUGUUUCUAUUUUUUUAUUCAUGUGCUAAGAAAUGUUUUAUUUUUUUAAUCAUUUCAACAACAAAAUUAUUUCCAUUUCACAUUUGGCUUUAUUUUUAUUUUCAGUAUCUUGAUGACGCCAUUUUUCUGGCACGGAGAUCCCUUCACCUCCAGCCGUCGGGACAGAAUGCUUGGCUACAACACUACACACUUGGGGAAAUACUCAAGUCUUACGGCCACCCACAGGAAGCAGCAAUGCAUUUUAACCAGGCUCUUAUGCUAAACCCUGGCUUCCAGCCCGCAAAGUCACACCUUCGUGACUUGGACUCUGAGCCCUGUCCAUCUGUCACACACCUGACUCUGUUUAUUAUCCUAUUCCUGGUGGUGGGCGUCCUUUUCGGAGUCGUCACAUCCAUUGAAACCAAUUUUCAAGACUCUAGUGUUGGAGAUGGGUCCAAAACUCAACAGAGGCAUUUCAACCGAGCCAUGGCGAUGAGAUCAAUAAAGCUAGGGAUCAACCCCCGCAUGUGCCGACUUAGGAAGGCUAACUCCUAAUUUUCAUAUAGAAUUAAAUCUAUAACAAAGGUCGUGUAAAGUAAGAUCUUCGAUCAUGUGGUCAAUAAUUCAUUGUUUGGUUUAAGCAGUUCACUUUGUAAUUUUUUUGGUGUUGUGUAGUUCAUUAGUGAUUAGAUCUAUAUAUCAGGAGUCAUCAGAACCUUAUUCAUAAUUAAUCGUAUUGCUAUCACUCUAAACUGAGUGGGGCAUAAAUUCUGCUUAUAGUAACCUUUUCAUCAUUAAAUAAGGCACUGAUUAAGGGGUAGUGACAUUGUCAAGACACGAGUUGUCUGAGUAUUGGAUCCUAAGUAACUUGUAUUCAAGUAGAACUAGAGACAUCUUCAAGGCAGCGAAAGGAAAUCAAAUUUCAUAAACUAGAUGAAACCAAAAGAUCAUAAAUUGAUACUGUGCAGUUGGAGGAAAAAUGUAUUUUCUUAAGUAAAACAUGUAAAUCUUCUGUCCAUCAUUUAUUGAUGGGAUGAAUUUAAUAAACCAAAGAAAUUUUCCUCAUCAAAAAAUAUGGUAAAUGAAUGUAAGAAUUCUGUAACAUUGACCCAGGAUGUUAUUUAUGAAACAAAAUUUCCCCUCUAGUAUUUACAUCGUAGGUCACCAAUUUUUUCUAUUAUUUCAAUCACCCAAAGAAAAACCAGGUUUACAGUAAGUUUUAAGAUAAAAGCUCAUGUUUUUCAUCAAAGAUCUUUUCUUAAAUAGAAAAUUGGUGGGCACACGCCAAAGAAAGGUUGGUGGAGCGCACGCCUAAGAAAGGUUGGCCACAUCAAUUCGGUUGUUUUGUAAAUUUCAUAAUUACUUUUAAAUAAAUUAUAUCAUUCAUUAAAAAUUGGGAUAAUAUCUCAGACAAAAAUUGGCGAUCUUGUCAUGUGGUCAUUAGGCAAUUGUUAGUGAAUGAUCAGUUCUAUCGAUAGUCCUUUAGUUUAUAUGCAAGCCUUUUGGGUUUUUUUAUUGAUUGUUAAAAACCAAAAUUCUAAAAAUUUUAACCGUGUUGGGAUGCAAAGGUUAUGUAUUUUAUCCUUGUCACACCAAGUCAACAAUGGCCUAUUUUGAGGACCCUCCUUACACAUCAAACCUAUAAAUGUAUCUGGGCGAAAUCUUUAAGGACUCAAGAAUGAGACCAUGAAUUUAUUGACGACAUAUUUCAAGCCUAUAAUUAUUAGAACAAAUCAGCCCUACUUUAGCCAGAGUGACGUGAUUAAAAAAAACAGUUUAAUGGCUUUUCCUCCAACUAGUCACCUAUUGUGGUAUUCACAAAUAAGAAAGCAACAUGCUGGAUAUUUUUUUUUAUUUCCUGCAGUGUACAUAAUAUUUUUCUUUACAAGUUUUUUUGUAAAUUCAAAGAACGAAACUUUGUACAUUUAUUUUUUGUUCAUUCCUGGUGACUUUUUUUUUGCAACAGAUUUGAUCUUUAACUAAAACUUACAUUUUGACGGAGAAUGUCAUUUUGACGGUGAAUGUCAUUUUGAAUUAUUGUUUGAAUAAUAAAAGAUAACUUUUUACACAUAAAAGAAAAUAAUAUUAAAAAAUUUAUUGAGUUAAUUUUUUUUUAAAUUUCUAUUGAAAGCAUGAAGAAAAAAAAUGUUACUUGAACUUGAAUGUGAAGAGGUCCAAUGCCAGAUGCUUUAACUUUAUUAAUUAGAUUUUUUUUUUUUAGUUUAUUGGUUUAAUUUAAUCCAUCAGUGGAAAAAUUUCUUCUGUGCCUCAUAGUUAAUUUAAUCUCCCAACAUGCUUAUUGUUACAAAUAAUUUCCAUUUAUAAUUGAUUUUUGGGGGUUUAAUUUGAUGAAGUUAACUAACAAAAUAAUCAAGAUCUUUAUAAAUUUGUUAUUAAAGUUGAUACAAAUUUUAUUUCUGGCCAUAAAUAGAUAUGGUGGUAUGUUAUUAUUUAUCAUAAUUACAUAAAGACGCAAGCUUAUAAAAAAAAAAGCUAUCCUUCUUGGAUCACAAAAAUAAAACAUUUCAGACACAUUUUAGUUCAUAAUUCCUUUACAUUUUGAAUUAAUAAUAAUUGAAUACGAAAUUCUGUACGUACUUAAUUAAUCAUAAUCAUUCUUCUAUUAGUGGAAUGUGUUGGGUCAAGGCCAUUGAGCUCGUUUUACAUGCUUAGUUAAAUAUAUAUACGAGAUUAUCUUCUAUAUUUGGCUUAUGUUAACUUUUCCUAGUAAGUUUUACAGCCACAUUAAAGUUUUGCUAUAGAUUGUACACUAUUCCAGAAAGGUGUUCCCUUGAGUUCUUAUAAUUUUUAAAAUUCCAACGCUUUAUUAAAGAAUGUGAAUAAGAAAAUAGUUUUAGGACCAUCUUUUCAAAGUAUACACAGCAAGUACAACGAUUAGUUUGACGUUCAUAAACUGUGAACAGAAAGUAAUUGUUGAGUCAUUAAUAAAUCAAAUGUAAUUAUUUACA